CCCUUAAACUUAGAGCACACCAGGUUCUGGCAAGAAGUGAGCUUCCAAAAGUUCUACCUUAAGUCUCACAGAAUCAAAUAAUCAUGGCUAUUCCCAGAUGUCAGUGAGAGUAACCACCCCCUCCCAGGGGAAAUAGGGGAGUUACCCAAAAUGCUAAAGGGAUAUUGGCUGGCAAAACCCAUUCCUAAUUCCAGUGAGGAAGCUUCUCAAUGUAUAGGGAAGGAGAGGACCUCUCUACACUCUCUAAUUGUUUGCAAACAUGUCUUUCUAUUAGAAUUACCUGGCAUGCCUUUAAUCCCUAGGAUGCUAAUUUGAGCAACUUCUGCUUCAGCCAAAAUGGAAUAAGCUGGACCCAGACUUAUUUUCUCACCCAUAAAUAAGUAGGAACUGAACAAAUAUAUGAAACAACUGUUUUCAAAAAUUGGACAACAGAUAAAGACUGUUGUAGGGUAAGGAAAAAUGUCAGGCUUUUCUGCCCUCCCGCCAUCAGGAUAGAUGAUGGAUCCUUGCGGUCCUGAAUGCAUGCCUGAUGGCGGGCAGCUGGAAUAGGGUGUGGGCGUAGGUAGAUGGGAUUCACCUGGGAUGAGACUGGGCUUUUUUUAAGGGCAGCAUCACGGGGAUGCCAGCAGAAGCCGAGAGAGAAGCAAAGAAGCAGAAGCAGAGAUUACCGGAGAGCCCAGAUAGAGUGAGGAUUUGCUGGGGGAUGAGAGGCCUGCCAGCCUCCCGGCCCCCCCAGCACCCUUGCCUGCUGUGUACUGGGUAAAUCCCAAUAAAAGCCUGCAAAAAGUCACUGAGGACUCUGACUCCUCCUUUACCCGGUCUGCAUGGGAUCCUAGAAAACCUGCACUGUGUCCUGUCCUGCCCCUACAACUGUGUAUCCUUAAAGGAAAUAAGUGAGAUAGGUCCUAUGUUCACAGAAUUAGUGACAACAGAUUUUAUAGAUCAUGGUGCAGAAAUGCAGAUCCUCACAGAACAAAAGAGACUAUUGAAUGGUUGGGAAUCAGAAAUUAAGGUAGUUGUGGUGUCUGCAACUGGUACUGGGAACUGGAGAAAAAGGAGCAACAUUAACAAAAAGCUCCAGGAAUCUGCAUAUACAUCCCCUGGUUUCUCUUGAAUGAUAAACAGUGUGCACAUUUGUUGAAAUUCCUCAGGCUGGGGAAAAGCCAACUAGAAAGCUUUAUGUUCAGAACAACAAGGAAUUGGGAGAAGUUUGAAUUCUCACUGGACAGAGAUGAGAGUCUUCAUUUAUUAUCUGUAGAACAUACUAGAGAUACCAAAAAAAGUAAAAAAAUGAUGUAAAAAUAUAUAAAAUAAAAUUAAAAAAAAAGAAAAAAAGUCACACUUGAGAAGGUAAUUGACCUAGCACAGAGCAGGAGAUGCCAGAGUAAUAACAGUUGUUCUUAAUUUAGGCAGAAAUUGAUAGAACCCAAAUAUUCAAUUCUCCCCAAGAUACAAGGGCCCAACCUUAGCAUUUGGGAGCAAAAAAAUAAGAAAAUAAUAUUGACGAUGCUACUGAGUAGAGAAAACCCCAUUAUAUAUUUGUGCAGCAUCAAAUUCUAUAGUUCCAGUCUCUAAAUUUUUUAAAACAUCCCCUACAUUCAAUUUGGAUAUUUCCUUUUCUGUCUCUGCUCCAUCUCAGUAAUUGGAAUCUCUUUCUUUUACUGUGUCAUCAGUGCAUAUAGUCUUCUGGAGCAUUCUUCUACCAAGAGACAAAAAAAGGAUUAUCCUUCUCCUGAACCAUUUUAUUUGAAUGUCUCAUCCUCGCAAACUUUGUAAAUGUAUGAGACUGUUUUAGUGUCAUUCAUUAUCAGUUGUUCUCCAUAAACAUAUUUCUUGAUUAAUGUGAGACUAGUAUUGCACUAAGCACAUGUGCACCUUAUCUUGUUUAACCUUAACAACAAACACAUGGGAUGAAAACUCUUAUUAACCCUCCUUCCUCCACUGAGGAAACUGAGGGCUGGAGAGCUGAUAAAUAGCAAAGCCAGGACAUGAACACAGUCUCACUCCAGAGAAUGCCAGAGUUCUUCAGCUCCACUACCUGUGGCAUAGUGCUCCUGACCAAGGUGUGGACUAAGAGGUGGAGUCAUGCUUCACACGGCCGCAUCAUGUUGGCAGCCAUUCCUGGGUCUGGCUGUGGUGUUAGUCUUCAUGGGAUCCACCAUUGGCUGCCCUGCUCGCUGCGAGUGCUCUGCCCAAAACAAAUCUGUUAGCUGCCACAGAAGGCGUUUGAUCGCCAUCCCAGAGGGCAUUCCCAUCGAGACCAAAAUCUUGGACCUCAGUAAGAACAGACUAAAAAGCGUCAACCCUGAAGAAUUCAUAUCCUACCCUCUGCUGGAGGAGAUAGACUUGAGUGACAACAUCAUCGCCAAUGUGGAGCCAGGAGCAUUUAACAAUCUCUUUAACCUGCGUUCCCUCCGCCUAAAAGGCAAUCGCCUGAAGUUGGUCCCUUUGGGGGUGUUCACGGGGCUCUCCAACCUCACCAAGCUUGACAUUAGUGAGAAUAAGAUUGUCAUUUUGCUGGACUACAUGUUCCAGGAUCUGCAUAACCUGAAGUCUCUGGAAGUGGGGGACAACGAUCUGGUUUAUAUAUCGCACAGGGCCUUCAGUGGGCUGUUGAGCUUGGAGCAGCUCACCCUGGAGAAAUGCAAUCUCACAGCAGUACCAACAGAAGCCCUCUCCCACCUCCGCAGCCUCAUCAGUCUGCAUCUGAAGCAUCUCAAUAUCAACAAUAUGCCCGUGUAUGCCUUUAAAAGACUGUUCCACCUGAAACACCUAGAGAUUGACUAUUGGCCUUUGCUGGACAUGAUGCCCGCCAAUAGCCUCUAUGGUCUUAACCUCACCUCUCUGUCGAUCACCAACACCAACCUGUCCACUGUACCCUUCCUUGCCUUUAAGCACCUGGUAUAUCUGACCCACCUUAACCUCUCCUACAAUCCCAUCAGCACUAUUGAAGCAGGCAUGUUCUCUGACUUGAUCCGCCUUCAGGAGCUUCACAUAGUGGGGGCCCAGCUCCGCACCAUUGAGCCUCACUCCUUCCAAGGGCUCCGUUUUCUUCGCGUGCUCAACGUGUCUCAGAACCUACUGGAAACUUUGGAAGAGAAUGUCUUCUCCUCCCCUAGGGCUUUGGAGGUCCUGAGCAUUAACAACAACCCACUGGCCUGUGACUGCCGUCUCCUUUGGAUCCUGCAGCGGCACCCCACCCUGCAGUUUGGGGGCCAGCAGCCCAUGUGUGCUGGCCCGGACACCAUUCGCGAGCGAUCAUUCAAGGAUUUCCACAGCACCGCCCUUUCUUUUUACUUCACCUGCAAAAAGCCCCGGAUCCGUGAAAAGAAGUUGCAGCAUCUGCUGGUGGAUGAAGGGCAGACGGUCCAGCUUGAAUGCAGCGCCGAUGGAGACCCACAGCCGGUCAUCUCCUGGGUGACACCUCGAAGGCGUUUUAUCACCACCAAGUCCAAUGGACGAGCCACUGUGCUGGGCGAUGGCACGUUGGAAAUCCGCUUCGUCCAAGAUCAAGACAGUGGGAUGUACGUCUGCAUCGCUAGCAAUGCUGCUGGCAACGACACCUUCACGGCCUCCUUAACUGUGAAAGGAUUCACUUCAGACCGCUUCCUUUACGCCAACAGGACCCCUAUGUACAUGACCGACUCCAACGACACCAUUUCUAAUGGCACCAACGCCAAUACUUUUUCCCUGGACCUUAAAACAAUACUGGUGUCUACAGCUAUGGGCUGUUUCACAUUCCUGGGGGUGGUUUUAUUUUGCUUUCUCCUCCUCUUCGUGUGGAGCCGAGGGAAAGGCAAGCACAAAAACAGCAUUGACCUUGAGUAUGUACCCCGAAAAAACAAUGGUGCUGUUGUGGAAGGGGAGGUGGCUGGACCCAGGAGGUUCAACAUGAAAAUGAUUUGAGGGUCGACCGCUCACACUCUCGUCUCUGUCAUUGUUGGUAACCAGGAAGGCGGCCUGGCACAGUCGAUGACUAGGUUACAAGGCAGCUCCGUGCGGCUGCCCCUGUGUCAAAGCAGGGUCCUUGGAAAUAGGAGGACUUCUUGUGGAGACUCCCCACCUAGAGGCAGGCAGGCAUGUGUCAGAGCCCUUCACAAGUGGGAUACUAAUUGUUUGCAUUGCAAAUAUUGGCAUUCUGGGGAUCUCAGUAAUGAACCUGAACCUUUGGCUCAUGCUCAUGGACAAUUAUUCAGCAUUUUCUACCACUGCAAAAA